AUGUCUCUAGAAGCAACCGAGAAAGCCAACACGGACGAUCGGAUCGCCGCAGCCGGUGCGCCCGAUCUCCCUGGGGUGGGAUGCAGCUCCACGACUAAACACGAGGACGAUACUAACGUCCGUGCUCAUGGCCAUGCCCAGGCCAUGCCCCGGCAAUUCAACUGGAUCUCUGCGCUCGGAUUGGGAUUUUCUAUCACCAACUCGUGGGUUGGUUACUUGAGCUGCUUCGGACAGACCGUAGCCUACGGAGGCACCCAAUCCUGCAUUUUCGGUCUUGUCGUGGCCUUUGUGGUGCAGCUGAUUGUCACUUUGGGACUCGCAGAGCUGGCCUCCGCCUUUCCAUCAAGUGGUGGCCAGUACCAUUUCUGCUACAUCCUCAGCCCAGAUUGCACGAAGCGGUAUAGUGCCUACGUUGUUGGCUGGCUUUCGAUGCUCGGCUGGUGGGUAGCCACCUGCUCAGGCACCUCUCUCGUUGCGCUUUGCCUCGGCGGAAUUGCAAAUUUCUACCAUUCAGACUACUUGGCGACCCCGUGGCAGACGUACUUGAUUUAUAUCGGGGUGUCCGUCAUCACAGUCACGCCCGUGUUCGCAGCGUCGAAACGCAUCUCCCUCGUUACUCAAUGCUCUCUCUACCUUACCCUUGCGGGAUAUCUGGUAUUCUUCGCUGUGGUUCUCUCCAAGCACCAACAGGUCCAGCCAGGUUCAUUCCUUCUCGCCUCAACACAAGGAAACAGCGGAUGGGGAAGAGGCUUAGCCUGGAUCCUCGCAAUUAACAACUCCAUGUAUGCGUGCGCAGGCACAGAUGCAGCGAUCCAUAUCUGCGAGGAGCUUCCUCAACCAGGACGACGAGUGCCACAGGUAAUGAUGAUGACCUUGGCCAUCGGCGCCGUCACUAGCAUAUCGUUAUUCGUGGCGUUGAUGUUUUUUGUCGACGACAUCGACGCGGUGCGGGAUUCUCCACUUCCGAGUUUGGAACUGGUGUAUCAAAUAACUGGGAACCGCAGCAUCACACUCGGACUCUUUAUUAUUUUGGCGCUAAUCUACACCACCUCACUGCCCGCGGAGUGGGUAACUGCUGGACGAAUAGCAUGGGCAUUUGCCAGAGACGUGAGCUAUCUCUCUUCGAUUCUAUAUUGGAUCCAAAUGACAGUCUUCCAGAACGGACUACCCUUCCCUGAAUACUUCUCCCAAAUCAACAAAACCUUCGACUUCCCCGUCCACACCACUCUGGCAGCCUUCCUCUUCACCAGUCUCUACGGCCUACUGUACCUCGCCUCCACGACCGCGUUCAACUCCAUCAUUACGUCUGCCGUGCUCUUCUUGAACAUCAGCUACACCGUACCCCAGGGUAUCCUGCUUGUUAGUGGCAGAUCAAGCAUGCCAAAACGGUAUCUGAAUCUAGGCUGGGCUGGGUAUUUCUGCAAUGGAGUUGCCGUUGUGUGGAUUGUCAUUCAGGGGGUAUUGACGUGUCUUCCGCCGGAUCCUGAGGUCACACUGGGAUCGAUGAACUACGUGUGUGUGAUUCUGGUAGGGGUGUUUUUGGUGAUUAAUCUACUAUGGGUUGCCGUGGGGAGGAAGACGUUUAGUGGGCCAGAUAUCAACUGGGGUGUGGUCAAGACCGGGCAAAGGGAGUGACUUGAAUUGUAGCGAAC